CAUAAUAAAUGGUUGGACCAACUUUUUAUUGGAAAUGGAAAUCAGAACAAUUUACUGCUCACAAAGUUAACAUUUAUGGAGUAGCAUAAGCAUUUUCUUUCUUCAAUGCCACCAAUUUACCUUUCUCUCUCUGUGCCAGCAGCCUCUCACUCCUAGAGCUCUUCUUCUAGGUUUCUCUAACGAAGCAAACCCUUUUUUCUUCUUUUUCUACUUCUACUUUAGAUUUAGGGUGUCACAUUGCCGUUGCCGACAGAUUUCUUGAUCUUACUGGAUUUGAUGGGUUUGUUUUUAUUUUCUUUUUCUUCUUCUUUUGGGUUGAUUUAGUGUGAAAAAACCUGUGGAAAUGUGCUUCUGGGUGUUGAGGGAAUUGGCAUGUUUUGCAAGACACUGCUUAAAGGGUUCUUGUUGGGUUUUGGUGUUAUUGGGGUAGUGCUGCUCAAAGGUUUGCUUUUUGAGCAGUGAAUCGGUGAAAAAAGAUCAGCAAUCUUCUUGGGUCACUAAAGGUGGUGGCUUUUCUCGGGAUUUUUUUGGGGUUUGGCCUUUUGUUUGGUAAUGUGGCUCAGAAAUGAAAUGUUGGAGGGAUCUGCAAAUAUUUGUGAAGUUGCUGGGGGUAUCUGGUCUCUGUAAGUGCAGCAGUUUCACAGUUCACUAGAAGGUAAGUGCUUGAUCUAUGUUGAGUCUUUGAAACUUCAAAAGGUAAACACUUUGAAUACUUGUGAAAGAAAUGUACUUUACUGACAUCUCUAUUUGUUUUUUUUCUGUAAAGACAUGAUGCUGUAGUUUAGUUUUUGAGGGAAACAAUAUGCAGUAAUUUUGCUAUUUUGAGCUUGCAACAGUUUCUGGGUUUUCAUUAGCUUUCUUCGGAGCUCCCUUCUCUGUGAAAAGAAAGUGAUCUGAAGCUGAUUUAAGCUUGAAAGUUAGUGUUUUGGUUGUUUUGGUACUGGAUCACUGUGAUGGGAUUUGGGUGUUGAAGGUUUAUUGCUUAUCAGAUUCUAGCUUAAACUGGUUUCGUGGCACGUCGCAGAUUUUCCUUAAAAUAUUUCAGGAUUUUGUUUGCUGAUUAUCUAUAUUGGAAAGAUUUUGACAGCAGGAUCUCACAUUUGUUCGAUUAAACGUUUGGGAUAAACAGGGAGGUUUUAUCUAAUAUCUGCUUUUGAUACCAGAAAAAAACUUAUCAGCGAAGAAACGGUAGCUGAACAUGGAUUUCUUUAAAGUAAAAAAAUUCAGAAAAGCCCACAAACCUGGGCCAGGAAAAGAUUUAGAGGAUAAUCCCAUACCACAGCCUGAGGAACCAAAGAAUGAGAAUGGUGGUGAUGAUUUGAGUAAAUCAGCUAAUGCUGAUCCUGUUGCUGAAGCUGAAGCUGAGGAUGAUGAUGAUGAUUUUAUUACGAAUGAGGUGAAGAGGAGGUUGAAAGAACUGAGAAGAAACAGUUUCAUGGUGUUGAUUCCAGAAGAAGAGUCUUGUGCAGAAGAGGAAGAAGAGGAGGAGGAGGAGGAGGAGGGUGAGACAAGCUCUAGUGAGUGGAAGGAUGUGGAAGCAGAAGCUCGGCAGUGGUGGUGUGGAUUUGACGCUGUGUACGACAAGUACUGCGAGCGGAUGCUGUUCUUUGAUCGGAUGAGCACACAGCAGCUUGAUGAAGUUAGUAAAGAUAAAGGUUGUCUUACAGGCUCUCAAGCCCCUGCAACUCCAUCACCAAGAUCUGCAUCUAAGAAGCUUACAUCCCCUCUUCGCUGUCUUUCUUUGAAGAAGAUUGAAGAACCCGAUGAUGAAACUGAAUAUCUUCAGCAGCCAGGUCAUGACCCAUACCAAGAUAUUGAAACAGCAUAUGUAGCUCAAAUCUGCUUGACUUGGGAAGCACUUCACUGUCAAUACACUCAACUGAGUCAUAAAAUCAUGUGUCAACCUGAUAAUCCGGCCUGUUAUAAUUACAGUGCUCAGCAGUUUCAACAAUUCCAGGUUCUAUUACAAAGGUUUAUUGAGAAUGAACCCUUUGAGGAGGGUUCUAGGGCAGAAAUUUAUGCUCGAUCACGGAAGCUAUUGCCUAAACUGCUCCAGGUUCCUAAUAUAAAAGGUUCAGAUAAAAAAGAACCAGAGAAAGAAGAAUCAGAUCUGAUGGUCCUGGCUCCUGAUCUCAUCAAGAUUGUUGAGAGUUCAAUCCUUACUUUCCAGCUGUUCAUGAAGAUGGACAAGAAAAAAUCAAAUGGGGUUCUUCGCCUUUUUGGAAAUCAAAACCAGAUUGCAACCCCUCUUCAACAGAUUCAGUCUUCUCUUGAGAAGAAGGGGAUAAAACUGAAGGAACUGCGUAAAAGGAGGAAAGGCUGGAAAAAGAAAUCUUGGCCCCAAACAGACGAAGAUAUUCAGCUAUUGUUGAGCCUAAUUGAUGUGAAAGUGUUAUCCAGGGUUCUCAGAAUGGUUAGGAUCACCAAAGAGCAGUUGUUUUGGUGUGAAGAAAAGAUGAAGAAACUUGAUUUAUCAGAUGGCAGGUUGCGGAGAGACCCCUCUCCCACCCUUUUCCCUUGUUAAUAAUAGAUGUUAGGACAAAUAUUUUGGAAAAAAAAAAAAAAAAAAAAACGCAGCAGGUAUUUGUUGGAUGGUUGGCUGCAGGUGAACCCUUUCUUUAGUCCUUGUUAAUGCUGCAAGCAAUUCUCAUCUCUGAUUCUCUUCCUAGUAGGAAUGCCAAUAUGUUACAUAUAGUUUGAGCCCAAAGGGAAAGGCUGUUUGCUGUAUGUUAUUUUGUUAACCAUAUUGGUGUAGCAGACAAUUAUUAUGGAUAAUUCUUGUACUGUCCUUAUGUAUA